UCCCCUUCUUGUCGUAGAGGGACUGGUGGGUGAGGUUUUUCGUCGUUCUUAGCAACAUUGCAGCAAUAUGACGACGGGGGAUGCAGGAAAGGGCCUUUACACAUUGUACCCAUGUGUGGAAUCGAACGCGAGUCUUCAUCGUGUCUAGCGACCGCUUUAACCAGAAGGCUAUCCUACCGCCCCUCAUCCUGUACAGAGGUGUGCUGAAAGAGCGCCUAUAGCGCUGCUCUGGGUGCCGUUGCACAAAGCAACCUUAGUGCCGCGAAUGUCAAAAUGGGAAGAGAAAGCGACCUGAUCAAAGCAGUAAAGCACAACGACGCUUCAAAAGUUCAGAAAUUGCUGCUCCCGGAUAAAGGAUACAAUGUGAAGCGAAACACAACCAACACAUGGUCGGAGAGUCCACUGGUCAGUCCGCCGGACCGCACCAAGUCUACUGGUGGACGGAUACGUCUUGAGCUUGGCCAUAUAGAUAUAAAUUGUCACGAGCGGAAUACGGAAUACACACCUCUUAUUAUUGCGACACUGAAUGGGUGUAAGACUAUCGCAGAGACGCUUAUCUUUCACUCUGCUGAUGUUGAUGGCAGAGACAUAAAGGGCAACACCGCCCUACACAUGGCCGUCUUCGCAGGGGAAACAGAGUUUGUGGAGAUGUUUUUACAGAAUGGUGCCUCGGUGAACUGUCAGAACAAUGAUGGCAACACCCCCCUCCAUAUUGCCUGCCAGAGUGAUGCGGAGAACAACGUACCGAUCGUCCUCCGCCUUCUCAAUGGCGGCGCAGACAGUGACAAGCGAAACAAAAAAGGCGUUGGACCAUUAGACGCUGCUGCCAUGUUCAAUAAAAAAGAUGCCGUGUCACUCCUCCUGGACCACGACCCACGUCUCCGACUUAACUCCAUGGCCAUCACUGAGGCAGCGACACGGGGAACCAAGGAAAUCGUGGAGCUUCUGCUGGAAUAUGGCAUAAGUCCCAACGGCAUUGACGUCAUAAAGUGUACAGCUCCUCUACAUGAGGCAGUCAGGUUCCUCAGAUUUGAGGCAGCGAAGGUGUUACUAGCAUUCGGUGCCUCACCAGCUCUACAGAAUACCAGCAGAGAGACCCCAGAAAGUAUCGUCCGUGAGCUCCCCAAAGCAAUGUGUGAUAAAUUUCUAGAUUUAUUUGAAGAGUAUAAGAAGUCAUUGCCUCGACUGCCAAGGUUUUAUGGUGAAAAUGGCAAUGAGAAAGCUACCACAGAUGUCUCGAAAGAUUAUCCCUUACUACCAAGCAAAGGCAAAUGGACCAAGAAUAUUCCAGACUUUUGCAGCACUUGUACAGAGAAAAACACAAACGAGCAUGUGUUAGAUGAUAACCCCUACACAUUCUGGGUGAUCCCAAGUCUUCACCAUGCCUGGACGGUGUUUGAUCUGCAGCAGGAGCACACUAUCACGGGCAUCACGCUGUAUGGCUGGCACAGUACUCAAAUGGUGAAGAAUUUUGAACUGCAGAAAUCAGAUAACAUCAAGGGUCCAUGGACCACGUGUCUGUCCGGAGUGUGCCAGCUGCUUGGCAGUGCAGACCCUAAAGAACCCGGGGUGCCUCAGACAUUUAAGGGUUUCGAGGUCACAUGUCAGUACCUUCGCCUCUACAUCCGCAACAACCACGGCGGCAGCUGCAUCUGCUUUCAGGGGGCCCAGCUACAUGGCGUGGAGGGGAAGGUGUCCUCAAUCCUGGACAACAGCAACAUUGUCGAAAACAAGGACAAUAUCAUCUGCCAGGAAGCCAACACAUACUUGAGGUUACUGAAGAUGGAGGAUGAGGCUAUUAAACAGAUCUGUGGCUCUGAAGACACAACAGAAUUACUGAAAACACUCCAGAAUUUGAGAGAAAAUGAAUUUCCCCUGUCCACCCUCGACUGGCUGCGAGUGCCGAUAACGCUGACAAGGGCGGAGGAGCAGCUGCCGGACUUCAGUGUCCAGUCCGACCCCGAUGUUUGCCAGACAGUGGAGGCAUACGUGGAUGGCGGGAAGCUUGCAGGGAACACUCGGGUCAGACUGAUUCCCAGUGACAAUGAUGAAGCAUCCAUUGCCAUCUUCUCCGACAUCUCAUUCAAAACAGCUGGAAGUUUUACAAUCAAAGUUCGCAGUGUGGCCAACCCAGAUCUGUUUGUGGAGGCUCUGGAAGUAAUCGAAGUCCGUCCUGCCAAGAAGUCGUCAAGUGAAAUUGACGCAGCAUUUGACGAGAUUCAGAGCAUGCUACAUGAUCUUGCAUUCUGAACAGCGAACCGUUGUCACGUGACACAUGUGUAAACAUGAUCAGCCUCGGUCUCUUCUGUAUGUCUUUAGUACACGGCACCAACAUGUACACGGCACUAAGAUGUACACGGCUGUAGAUGAGCUGUUCAUGUCAUCAAAGACUAUCCGAUUGCUGGGGUGUCUGUGCACAACUUGAUGGACAAAGUAGAGGUGGUGUUCAGUGAGACAGGAGUCAGACUUUGUGGAUACUUCCUCCAAAGUUAUAGCCAGACAAAUGGCAACAUAUUGUAUCACCUAUGUGAUUAUGUAUAAACAUGUGAUAACUUGAGUACAUAUGCGCACAAUACACCCAUAUGUAUUCAUGUGUGGAGGUUAAUGUGUGUGUGACGAGAACCUAUGUUUUGGUAUGCCUGUCUGUAUGUCUCUGUGUUGAAAUGUAGGUAAACAAGGUUCACAUAUACGUGAAACACCUCUGGGUGUACUGUGCUAUGUAAGUGUCUAAUGUCGCCAACAGUUCUGUGUAUGUUUGAGGGUACAUUCCAAGCCUCAUUUACUGUUGUAAGUCUCAAUGUCAAGCCAUCUCUGACCCAAGCUGUGUUCUGUGUUCCCCACUUUGUGAAGCCAGAAUUGUCAACUGUGUUCUGUGUUUUUCGUGUGAUCAGUUAUCUCCCUUGUGUACCCCUAACAUUCAAACACACCACGAUUGUUCUACAUGCCAUAUUUGUUUUAUAUACCAUGUUUGUUAUAUAUACCAUGUAUUAUAUCAUGUUAUACCUUAAUACCAUAACAGAAUAUAUAUGAUGAGAUGACAUUAUAAAAUAUAAAUGGCACAGUGUGUUUCUCGAUAGAAUGUUCUUGCUGUCAUGCAAAAUACUACAUGUAUGUAUAUAGGUAUAUAUACAAGACAAGGCCUAGAUGACUGGGUGCGUAUAAGCAUUAAACAGAACAUAGCAACAGUGUGCCAGAGUUGCCCAGCUUACAACUGUUCAGUGUGUGCAAACAUGUAUCUUAUACUGAGAAGGUGUGGCCGUGGUGGCCCAGCGGUCUAGGUCAUAGUAUGGUGCUGGGUCUUAGAUCUGGGAGUCAAACUUUAUUAUGAUUUUCAUUCUCAAGUUUUUAGAACUUUUUUUAAUAUAAUAUCCUCCACUAUAAUAAAUACUAGUAUAUAUAUUUCUGAUUUUAUUUUGACACUAUACUACUUCAACAUGUUAUGUUUUUAAAGUAAUAUGAAAGCAAUGGGUGGUCAUUAACUUAAUGACAGUAGGUAUUUGACAUAGAUAUGUGUCACAGUGCAAGCUGUUCAUAGAUAUCAGCAAAGGACUCAGUAUUAUACAGUGAGCCAUUAGGUAUUCACAAGGUUUCAUAAGGUAGUGACACUUUUCUAUCUGUACUCAUUACAUUUCAACUUCCUUGUUGGAUAUAUUUACAGCAUGGAAUAGAUAUUUUUUAACGAUCUGCUGACAAUGCCAAUUCUAGUGAUUUUUAAUUGUAUAUAUUCAUGUGCUAUUCUGAGACUGAAACAUAUAGCUAUACAUAUUCAAACACCGUUCUGUCAAACUUACAGAGACCUUUGUAAAUACUUCUAGUUAUCCCAGGCUCGACACAGCAAAAAUGAUGAAUAUGGAAGGAAUACAUGGGGAACAAAGCUUUUGUUUCGAGACAACAGUGUGUCUGACAUAUCAAAGUUCGGCACAAUUGUUAUAAACUGUAUAUGCCUAAUGUACAAGAAAUGACAUGUAGUGUCAUUGUAUGGUAACUGUUCUGUACAUGUUAUGUAUGUGUUAUGUAUGUGUUAUAUACGUGUUAUGUACGUGUUAUGUAUGUGUUAUGCCUGCAUUCAAUCAGUUAAUGCUGAUCUAAAAGAAAUAACAGCAUGCCAGUUGAUGAGGAUACAACAGAAAAUUACGAAGUAUUGCUAAAUUAAUGGGGUUUUGAUUUGUGUAUGCUCAAAAUAAAUUGGUUAAUUAUUUUACACAGAUAUGCAAUUCAUCUAUAACCCAGAUACGUGUAAAAUAUACACUUCGAUAAAAAUACACAAAUUUGUUUUGUAUUUGUAUGGCAGUUGCCUUUCAUUUUUUAAAUUUGUUGCCUGGGGUGUUUGGACUGUCAACAUUUGAUGAAUUUAUGACAGGUCCUAUUGUUCAUAUUGACAGAGCUGUGGGGGCAUGUCAUAUUUCGUUAUCAUAUUUCAGGUAAGAAAUGUGAUUUUCUUAUUGGUCAUGUUUGUUUUUCUUAUUUCAUAUAAUGAUUAUGAACAUAGCGUAUUUAAUAUGUAAUAAUCAGCAUGGAGCAAAUCAUCUUUCAAAUGCAUUAUGAUAAAGUAUACCUUUGUCACAUCAUGGUAUUGUAAUCAGCAGUACAUUGAUUCAUGUGUAAAUUUAUGUAUUGAUAAAAAUGUCUAGUAAUAGGAUGAAAUAUUUAUUUGUCAGUUUAAUGAUUUAAACAGCUGAUAAACUAAUCUGAAUACAAUACCUCAUGGUCGGUGUAACAGGCACCAAUCACUCCCAGUUAUUAUGGAAUUGGUUCUUGAAGAAUGAUGAUGGAUGUGUUAUUCAUGGAGAACUUGUGAUAAAAACAGGAAAUGUUUCUAUGGUUCAGAGCACCUUAGUUUAAUGAGACAUUUCGGUAUAGAUGCGUAUACUGUGAGGCUGUUGCUGAUCUUAGUUGCCUCGUCGUUUGUACGCAGAUGGCAGCUAUAUAAUAAUGUUUACUGAAAUGUCGGAUCAUAAUAAACAAAGACGCUGUCAUCCAUAAAAUAUCGUGACUUUACAGUUACUUGCCAUUUUUAGAAAAUGUCGAUCAAACAGUACAAGGGAUAGACACAUAUAUAACUACUAGUGUCCAUGAUCAAUGAAUUUACUUGUAGGCCAGCUGUGGAAAGUAUCUGUACUUGGCUGUGUGUCCGAGUUAGAACCAACCCUCAGCUCAAUUGGCUGACCAGCUGUGUGACCCAGAGAGUGUGACAUUGUCCUAUCUGCUGUUGGUUUGAUGAGCUUUGCAACCUAAGUUGUAGUUUACAUUUUUUUUUCUUGCCUUUGUAUCUUUGUGAACAGUUCAAUCAUCUGUUGUCAUCAGCUGAUCUGGUCAUGUGAUAUCUUGCCAUGAUGCACUCGCCCAUCCAAUGCAUUAUUGCUUGAUAGACAGAGUCGUAUAUCUUUGUCUUAUGUCAUCAGGGGGUGGGUAGCCUAGUGGUGUUCGCUCGUCACGCUGAGAAGCCAGGUUCGAUUCCCCAUAUGGGUACAAUGUGUGAAGCCCAUUUCUGGUGUCCCCCGCUGUGAUAUUGCUGGAAUAUUGCUAAAACCGGCGUGAAACUAAACUCACUCACUCAAUCAUGUCAUCAAUAUCUGACUAUUCCUACAUACUCAACAAUAAAUAUUGAAAUAGA